GAGCUCUGGAAACUCUGUGAAGAGCCAGUGACGGUCUUUGAAGAAACGAUUCUCGUGGAUUGUGUAAAAAUCGUUCCAGUACUCGUUUGCCCGGCCUUCGUACUCCUCUGCAAAAAAGGUCCCACAAGGAUGAGGUGGCCUUUCUCAGCCCCAUUCAAUCUGUGUCUAAUGGGAUGUGUUGCAUUCAGAGGAGGGGAAGCAAUAACAAUACUUGCAAUGAAGUUGAGGAAUGGAAACGGUGUCUCGUAUCUCGCACAGGCUCCACAGCAGCCCCCCACGAUCCUGCAGCAGCUCCCAGCGACCAUGAUGCCUCCUGGCUCCACUGCUUCUAUUAGACCUGGUGGUCAUGUCAGGGAGGACCUUGUAGAGCUGAUGAUGAUCCAGAAUGUUCAGAUGCACCAGAUCAUCAUGAACAACAUGACCAUGUCAGCUCUCAACUUGUUCGGAUACUCCAGCCCUCUGUCGGGCCAUGCGGCAUACAGAGAUCUGGUUUUACUUCAAGAGAAUGAGCCUGACCCGGAGGUAUUCCACCAUUAUUACCAGCCUGCCCCAGACCCGUUCUACCCUGUAUGGCUCCUGCCUCAGGCCACACUGAUCUACCAAGACCCCAACACACACCCCUCUUCUCCACCUCACAGAGACAGGCCUGCUGUCCCUCCUCCUCCCCCGCCCAACACCACUGGGACUGCGGGAGCUGACGUCACACCCACAGCAGGUGCCCCCGAAACAGGGUGACAGGAGAGGCGACAAGCAGCAAGCUUCAUGAGAGAGAGUAACACUGGAGCUGAGGCAGACACAGAGAAGAAGAGAGAGUGAUCAUUAAUUCACAAAAUGUUCAAAAGGGGCAUUGCUAGGAAAAAAACAAUCUAGCUUUUUCAUUUUAUCUGAAAAAUUUUGUAUAAGAUAAACAAAUAUGGUAUAGUGCUAAACAUUUUUUUUUUUUCAAACCUACAUUACCCAAAUGAUCCAGCAGGGAGCAGCAACAGAUGUAAAGUGGUACAGCAAAUAGACCUCGAGCUGUCCAUACAGAAUGUACAUAUUUACACAAGACAUAUUCCCAUAUUGACAAGUAUUCACAAUGACUCUGCAUACUAUAGUUCUUUUGUAGGCUAUUGCAUACCACCGUGGCCAACAUGGCAAAGCUGUGACACCACAUAAGAUCUAUUGCUAUGGAACACUGUGUGACCUCGUCUUUAAAUAAACUGUGAUGAGUAGUCAGAAGGAUAAGAGGAGGCUCACUACUCAAUCUGUUCAGGCGAUGACAAUAACAAGCAGUAAAUACUCUGUUGUACCAUCCAAUAAAGACAAAAUGUCCAAAAUGUCCUCAUGAGCCAGUCCCUGGCACAAACUCAUUAACUACUAAUUACUUAAAUCAUUAGUUACACUUUUUGUUUAUCUUCAGUUAAAGUCAAAUGUAAUACUGAGUAG